CGUACACGGACGCCCGUGUAUCGGCAACGGCGCUUCAGUAUUGAUCGCGAGUUUGACGGUAAUACACCGCACCGACUAUGAUUCUGGAUUUUGAAUGUGUAGAACAAUAAUAAAGACUAUUUGGCAUGGAGUGAAGUGUUUAAUAGUUCAACAUGUCGAAGAUCCCCAUCGACAGAAAUGGCAAGCUGCGCAUCCGAGGCAUCUACUCCAUGAAGAGUAUUGAUGUCAUAAAUCCCUCCAAGGACAAACAGACAGACGCAGCGGACAAGGCCAAAAAUAUCGAUGCGGCGACUACAGCAGACAAUAAAGAACUAUUCUGUAGUAACUACCUGAACCUAGUUCCAAAAAUGAGCUUAAGCUUAGAUAAAGGACUGGAGAAGAACCCCCGAAUACUAGACUUAAGGGAAAAGUUAAACGAAAUAACUAAAAAGCAGGACAGAAACGUGGACAAACAAACUAAAGGACUGAUAAAUGGUAUCACCCAACUAGUUGAUGAGAAGGAACAAGACGAAUCGGGCCCAUAUAGCCUCUUAUUCGAUCUUCAACCAUCCACGUGCAAGGAAAGUUUUGAUAAAGAACUGCUGCUCACUCAAAGUUUAAAGAACUCGACCGCUUCGAUUAACAAAAGUGCCGAUAGGCUCCCCAACGUUAUAAAUUUCGAUGAUAAACCAAUGAGAGAAUUCGAAUACUCAUGCGAAAAUCGAAUGACCUACCCCGUAACGAAAACUUUUAAUACUCACUCAAGGUCUGACCUCUGUCUGCAACUCAAAUCGCAGGUAAAUCCUCGAAUAUAUGAUACCAACUUGAGUCCCAAUGAUAAUUCACUUAAUAGGACUAAUGAAGAAAACUCACUCGAUGAUAGUUUAGGAAUCUUAACUCCAGAUCAGAUGGAUGAUAUUUGCUACCUAGAAAAUGCCUUUUCUCCAACUGUGGAAGGACUUCCGAUAUUCUGUGAUAACAAUGAAAGUAAAGUGUCGCCCGAUUGUAGUGAUACUCCAUCUACUGAUAAGACUGACAGCAAUUCAGCAGUUUCGACGAUACAAAAUGACGAAUUUGAAAGAAACGACCGCACUGCUCCAUUAUCAAGAAACAUAGAAUCGCUAACACCCGAAAAAUUAUCUAAAUCUUGUGAUAAUUUAUCUGCUCAAACCCCAAGUUCUUUAACUACAAAAACUGAGAACUCAACGACGAGUAUGGUUAAAGAAAAUAAAACGGAAUUAAGAGACAUUCCCAAAGACGAGUUAAUCCCAAACGUGGUAGACGAUGAGUUUAUGCCUUCUAUCCACAGCAGUAUUUUAGAGCCGGUCAGUUCUAUUGCUGAGACAACAGUAAAUCUUGAACUACCUCUAGACUGUAAACUUGAAAACCGUCUGAUAGUUCAAAGGAUAGAACAAACGCCGUCACCUGAAGAUUUGCCUUUAGACAACUCGGAUAUUCACGGAGAAAUUAGUUAUAACUCUCAAUUCUCGAACUCAACAUUGCAUGAUUCACAAACAUAUUCUGACAACAAAAACGACUACCAGAAAUCAAUGGAAACAUCUAAAGUCUCUAACAGCUUUAUUACCAGCAUUACUAGUAUAACAAGUUUGGACGGUUAUCAAGGCGAUGGGGAAAUGUCGAGGCCAGUCAGUAGAACUGCGGACCAUUCCAUAGAACCCCGUGAAGAUGUCAUAGAAAUGGAAUGGCAAAACGUCCCUGUCACAAGGCGGCCAGAUCCUAUGACCGAUUCAGACUUUUUCACUGAAAGUGACGCAGAUGGCCUCGACGACCACAUGCACCGGGGAGAUAGAAAGGCACAAGUGAUAGACGGGGCUCUAUACGGCGGGAAAAAUAGCAACGGUAACCCGCCUCUGAUGGUAAACAGAAACGAUGAUUCAUGCAUGGAAUCAAGUGGAGUUUACACAGAUUUCGAAAAUCAUCGUCAGUCACCUGUGUUUUUAAAUGUUAUCGACGACAUGUCUCCCGAGGGGUCUACACCAUCGACUCAUUCUGAAUUAAGUCAAAAGAAUAUUAAUUCAGGACAAGCUAACACAUAUUGCAGUCCUGAGGAGGGUAUGACCGAAGAUUCAUUCAAAAACCAGGCCGCUGUGGAGGAAGAUAAGUCACCUAAGAACACGAGCAAGCGAAAUUCUCUGAACAGCGAGAAAGAUGUCAGAUCGAACGCUAAAAGUAAGGAUGAAAAGAGGAGCUUUACACUUAAAAAGUACAAAAUGCCUAAACGUGAUGUGCCAAGUAAAUUAAAAACUAUGUUAGCCAAUCGGAACACGGACGCCGAUAACAGUGUACAAAGUAGCCCGAAGACCGUGAAAAAAAUAGAUCGGCGAGAAAGCCUAACUAAGAAGAAUUCUUUGGACAUAAAGACGGAUUACAAGAUGAAAUCUUUCAAAGACAUUAAGUCAAAGGUGGACUGUUCUUUCUCCUUACAAAGAUCUCAAACUGCUUGCAGUGUUAGUAGGAUGUUGAGUUCGAAGUCUACAAACACGAACAUUAAGCCAAAGAGCCGCCACAUGCGUAUGCGCAUGGAGCUCGGCUCGGCCGCCGGCAGCGGCAAGAGCAGCCUCCACAGCUCUCAGAGCGACCUCAGCGCCAGCACGCCGCUCAAGCACCCGCCCAGCCGCUUCCCUCUGCUCAGAAACGGCAAGAAGCGGGACAGCGUCGCAGCGCCGACGCCCCCGCCCGUCCGCCCGCCCCCGACCCCGCCGCAGCCGCCCGCCCAGGUGAAGAAAAAUGGCGUCGUCCCGAAGCUGUCAUCUUCACCAGUGGCAGUGCGCGCACGCACGUCUCUUGCGCCGCCGCCAUCGCCGCGCAAGCCCGCAGCGCGGCGCACUCCAGCGCAGAGGCCGAAUACAUUGCCGACUAACAACAAAGAACCGCCCCGCGUGACAGCGGCGGUGGGGCCCCGCAGCAAGCGGGCGCCGACGCCGGCGCGCGCCACGCCCGCGCUCGCGCCGCGCGAGACUCAGGCCGCUGCGCUUGCGCACGCCGCCAAGGGCGUCGAGGCGCUCGGCGUGCUCGUCCAGUAUUUAGUGUUUCGGUUGGACGCACUAAAUGGCGGUUCGUGGCGCCUGGAGGCCGAGCGGUGGCGAGGCGUGGCGGCUGCGGAGCGCACGAGCGCCGAGCGGGCCGACCACGACCGCCAGCAGCGGGCGCAGAAGGACCUCGAUACAAUCGCUGAAUGCCUGGGCAAGAUAUCGGAGCUAGAAAUGGAAGUGUCGUCGAAAGAAGAGGCGAACGCACGUCUUCAGGCCGCGCACGUCAACGAGGUCACGGCGCUCGCCAACGACAUCAAAGGCCUAAAAGAGACAAUAGAUUCCCUAAAGCGCGAAGUCGCCGAGAGCAGAGCUCGUCUCCACGCCCACAGCGAGAUCGAGCGCACCCUGCGCGCGCAGCUGGAGGCGGCGCGGGCGGAGAUCGAGCGCGCCGACUCGCUGCGCGCCGCCGCCGACUCGGCGCGCGCCGUCAGCAGCACGGCGUGCAACACCGUGUGCGACCGCGCCGACGCCGCCUGCGAUCCCGUGUGCUGCGAGGUGGAGGAGUGCCAGCUCAGGCUGAGCGCCAAUGAGGAGUUGAGCACUGACGCUAACGAGUUGGCUGCUGAGGUCCGUUCCCUCCGCGCCGUGAUCGAGCUAAAGCAAGCCGAGAUGGCGUCCCUCCGCGACGCGCGCACCGAGUUGAGCGCGGAACGCGAGCGGCGCGCCGCGGCCGAGCGAGAGGCGCGCGCGGCGCGCCACGCCGCCGAGGAGCUCAAGGAGCGCGCCGCCGCCAGGCAGCGCGAGGCCGACCGCCUCAGAGACGACAACAGGAGGCUCAGGGACGCCGCCGCGAGAGACAGGGACCAGGCCUCCAGGAUUGCCGCGCUCAAUGAGGAGCUUAGGUACAAGCUCAGGCAGAAGUCACAGGUGGUGUCCCUUCUAGCGGGCGGCGGGUACAUGGAGCGCGUGCGCGCGCGCACGUCGUCGGGGUCGUCGCUGCGCUCCGCGUCGCCGGAGUCGCCGCCGUCGCCCGCGUCGCCCGCGCCCGACGCGCCCGCGCUGCCCGCCGUCAAGGGCGUGGUCGAGAAGCACGACUCCGUCAGCUGGGUGCUGGAGAUCGAGGAGACGCCCGAGGAGGUGGCUUCUAGACUGGCGCGUCGCUCGUCGUUCCGCACGACGGGCUCGCCGCUGUCGUCGAGCGGCGUGAAGCGGCGCGGCGGCGGCGGCGGCUCCCCCGGGGCGGGCUCGCCCGCGCCCGCGUCGCCGGCGCCCGCCGCCUCCAAGCUGUUCCGCGCCGACCUCGACUUCCCGCCCCCGCCGCCGCCGCUCAAGGAGUCCGCCGGCGAGGCCAUCUACAUCUACGACGACGCGAGCUACUGAGCUCCCCGGCGCUCUCACGCCCUGAACGUUACUUGGCGUGCUAUACGCCGAUACGGAUGUCGAUACGCUCCGUGCGAUGAUAACCCCCGAUACGUCCUGAACGUGCGCCGAUACGGAUACGGAUUCGAGACUCCCUUGAAGACGUUUUAAGCUCGCGAAGUGGCCGCGCCGCUGCCGUUCAAAAAUCAUCGGCGGAUCAUCUAUAUGUUUAUACUGAGCGCGCUAGUUUUUGUUAUGUCCUGCAAUAUUUCAGAUGAGCCGUUGCCGAGCUCUCGUGAAUAUGUGUUAUACGGCACGAUUCGUACUGAAAGUGUGAGUUAUAUUCACAUCGGUAAAAUAUGAAGCCCCGCCGUCGUGAUUCAAAAAAUUGGUAAAAUUAAUCAUUCGGGUGGUGAUUGUGAUGAUUCAUUAGUUUUUAAAGUGAAAUGACUAUUUACCCGAUAAAUACGAGCGUGAAAUCAUUUAACUCGUUGCUAAAAAUCAAAGAUAUAAGGUUGUCGAAAAGGCUCCUGUUAUUCUAUACCUACAAGUUGACAGUUCCAACAAAUAAAGAGCUGAAUAAAGUAUUAGAAUGCGGCAACUGUCAGUAGGGAAAGUGAUAAUAAAUGCUAUUGAAUUUUUAUAUAUACACUGUUUAAUAAUCAGCUUGAAUAUACGACAUAUACUAAUACGUAUACAAAGCAAGCUCUUCAAAUAAAAUGAUGCAAAAAAACGCAAACGCGAUAAUGUGAGGACAGUUUCAAGAAUUUCUAUGCAUUUUGUACAGACGAAACACAGAACUUCAAGAAUGUUGUGGCGUCACCAGCUAUGGCAAUUGUCAGAGCUAACGUAAUAAUGUGAUGUCAAAAAUGAUAGUCACUAUUUUACGGCAGAAAAAUUACGACGUGCAUUGCUGAUAAUUUGAUAAAUCAAAACACUGGAAAGUACUGACGUAUGAUAGUCGCAUGCUUCAGACAGUAUUACUCGGACUAAAAGCUCAUGUACAGAGAAUGUAAAGGCGAUAGUCGACAGAAGUGUUUGCAAAGGAAUGACGCUGGCACUGGACUCGUUAUCAUCUUGCCGGUAUCGUUCGAGUCAUAGUUUUAUAACGAAAAUGUGGGACCCGACCGGUAUGUCUUUAUAGUACCUACUUAAUAACAUAAGAUUUCUGGUAGUUAGAAGAUUGUUUGGAAAUCUAACAUAUUUAUUGUAAUCGAUACAGAUUAUUUUAGAGCCCGGUUUGCGUUGAUAUUGGUAUUAUAUUUAGUGACGCGCCGGGCAUAGUAAUUACAUUAAUACGUGUGUAACUGCUUUCAAAUUCUGGUCUUAAAAGUAAAAUAUUUGAUUGGGCUUUGGAGGAGUGUUUUUGUACCUGUAAAUUGCGUCGAUUGAUAAGAUUGCACCUUGAUCAUUGCCGCAGAGUUCAAGAUAGAACUCUCAUAAUAAAAUAAUAGUAUACCUUGUAUCGUUUCAACUGUCUCUCUAAUUCUCUUUUUACUUCAAGCACGUGUACUUCUGCUUUCUGUCUCCGUUCUAUCUCAAUCUUCAAUUAUACUCCUAUAGUUACUUCUCCUGCCGUCAGAUUCUUGAUACUUGAUAUUGGCGCAAUGAUUGUUUGUAUUUAUUUCCGUUAAGGUGUAAAAAUGUUUAUCCCGGGAGCUCCGGGCUGUUGUCGGCGCUGUAACAUUUUGUAUUGUUUUGUAUUCAUUACUUAUAUUUAUAACUUGAUUAUAGUUUAUCGUGGUUGUUGGCACUGUAUUAUUUUUAUGUACAAAUAACAAUUUUAAUGAGAAAUUAACUUACUUAGAUUUAAGGAAGUACUGUGUUGAACUGUAAGAUUUAUAAUAGCUGCAGUAGUUACACUAGCAUGUCAAGUUUAUUCUUUCACACUGUCUAUCUCAGUUUGACUUGUAUAGUAUGAAAGAGAUGGAUGGUGUUUUAAAAGGAUUAUUCUUGCCAUGAUAGCCACUUGAUUCUGAUAUAGAGUAGUCAGACCGCCCCAUACAUGGCCCCCGGUCUGAAAACAAGAUUCGUACCAAAGAGUCGUGUUUCUCUACUCUAUGUAAUGUUCCUUAAUUUUGUAGUGUGUCCAUUUUGCAUGUGCAUAAAGUCAGGUAAUGUUAAUUUUUAUUUAUUUUUAAGCUAAUAAAUAAUACCAUUCCAAAUUAAACAUUGUAAGAGUAAUACAUGAUAAAGAAUAAACUAUGUCGAAAUAAA